AUGGCAACCGAUGCGCUUUACUACGAAGUUGCAGAAAUCAUACGCAGCGUUUUGGCUAAGGAGAGAAGUGUGAGAACGGCAGUGUAUGGAAGUUCAUAUAAAGUUAGUUUAUUUUUCGAUAUUGUCUCAAAUAUUUGCGCGCGGUAUUUUUCUCUUCUGUAUCUUAUUUUUUGUCAUGUUCUACUGUUAAUUUGGAUUUCAAAAAUUUAUAAAACUCUUCAGGUAAUUUUUUUUGUGAAAAAUAAUAAUGAAAGACGAACCAAUUGCUGGGUGUGCAGAAGAAAAUCGAGAAGAAAAAACCGAAAUGUAAUCCAUUUGGAACACGAUUUCUUACUGAUGAAACAAAAGUAUUCGAACAUAAUGCUUGGGAUGAUGUUGAAUGGAGUGAAGAACAACAAAAUGAAGCUGAACAAAUUGUAGAAAAACAGAAAAGUAUGAAAGUAGUCGAAGAAAAAGCUGUUGAAUUGCUGAAAAAUCCGGCAGAUCAAUGGGAUGCAUUCUAUGCGCAAAAUGAGAAUAGGUUUUUUAAAGAUAGGAAUUGGUUAUUAAAAGAGUUUCCGGAAUUGAGUGUCAACGAUGAAAGAAAUAUCGAGGUUUGUAUGAUUUCCCAGAUCGUAUUUGGAAAAUUGUAUUUUCAUUAUAGAAAUCCACUGUUUCAAUACUUGAAGUUGGCUGUGGUGUUGGUAAUACAACUCUUCCAUUGAUGCAAAUGAACAACAGUGAAAGAAUAUUCCUACAUAGUUGUGAUUAUUCUGCAAAUGCUGUGAAUGUUUUGAAAAACGAAGAAAAAUACAAUCCGGAAAUUAUGAAUGCAUUUGUUUGGGAUAUAACAAAACCAGCACCAGAAAAUGCACCAAAAAAAGAAAGUCUCGAUUAUAUUGUUUGCAUUUAUGUUCUUUCUGCAAUACAUCCAGAUAACAUUCGAAAUGCUAUCAAAAAUCUCUAUGAUUUGCUAAAGCCUGGUGGAAUGUUGUUGUUGAAAGAUUAUGGAAGAUAUGAUUUAACUCAAUUGAGAUUCAAAAAAGAUCGAAUGAUCGAUGAAAACUUGUAUUGUCGAGGUGAUGGAACUCUGGUUUAUUUUUUCACUAUGGAAGAACUUGAAAAUUUGUUUGGUGAAUUAAAAAUGGAAAAAAAGGUUAUGCAUGUUGAUCGAAGAUUAAUUGUGAAUCGAGCAAAACAAGUGAAAAUGUAUCGACAAUGGAUUCAAGCAAAGUUUCUGAAACCAUCUGAUUAAUUUUCAUUCUGUUCAAUUGUAUCUUGUUUUUGUUAUAUUUCUUUUUCUUUUGUUGUUAACAUAAAUCGCGCGCGAAAAACCUUUUUGUAAUUGUAGAUGAAAAUUGAAAAAAAAAACUAUUUUUUAGAAUAAGAAGGCUUUACUUCGGUUGUCUGUCGAAUCAUUGAAAUUCCGACCAGUUUUUGAUGCGAUUCUAGAAGAUAAAGAAGUUCGGAAGGCAAAAAAUGAUCCCGCAAUUCAAGGAAGUAUUGAUCUACUUUAUGUUUUGAUGUAUGAAUCUCUAGUUGGAAGUGGAUUGAAUCGCUGCUCGCCAGAAUUGAAAAAUGUUAUUACAAGAAAAAUUGGACUUAUGAAGGAAAUUGUGAGUUCGAGAAUGUUCUUGAUAGAAUUAUGUACUUAUUUAUAAAUAUUAUUUUUCAGGAAUCGAAAUUGGCUGAAGAUGGGCGAGGUAUAAAAUCGAUAAAAGAAUCCGAAGAGAAUCAGGCGAAAAUAGUGAUUCCUAGAUAUGCUCGAAUCAACACAUUGAAAUGGACAUAUGAGGAAGCUAUCAAAACAUUGGAAAGUGAAGAAUGGAAAAUAAAACAAUUCAGCAGUUUGGAUAAAUAUGCUGCAGAAAUCGAGAAAAUGGGCGAGGAUGAGAUUUUUAUUGAUCCACAUGUGGAAAAUUUGCUUAUUUUUCCACCAAAUAUCGAGAAUUUUCACGAAUAUUGGAUGGUUGAGCAGAGAUUUGUUAUUCUACAAGAUAAGGUGGGUUAAUUUUCAAAGUUCACACGGAGUAUCUCAAAUUUUGAUUAUAGGCCUCAUGUUUGCCAGCUUUUCUGCUAAAUCCUCGUCCUGGUUCACAUGUUUUUGAUAGUUGUGCAGCUCCUGGAAUGAAAACAAGUCAUGCAGCAGCAAUUAUGGAAAAUAAAGGGUAUAUCCAUAUCGUUACUUCAGUUUAUGUAUUCAAUAAAUCUCGAUUUCCAGAAAAAUUUGGGCGAUGGAUCGUGCAAAUGAUCGAGUUGCAACGAUGAAAUCAUUAUUGGAUGCAUCUGGCGUCGAAAUCGCCAGUGCAUUUUGUGGCGAUUUUUUGAAGACCGAUGUGAAUGAUAAGAAAUUCGCAAAAGUCAAAUUUGCAAUCGUUGAUCCGCCUUGUUCCGGUUCUGGAAUUGUCAAAAGAAUGGAUGAGAUCACCGGUGGAAAUGCGCAGAAAGAGAGACUUGAGAAGUUGAAAAAUCUUCAGGCUAUGAUUCUGAAACAUGCUUUGAAAUUUCCGAAUUUGAAACGAGCUGUUUAUUCGACUUGUUCGAUUCAUGAAGAAGAAAAUGAGCAAGUGAGUGUUUUGUUGAUAUUGCGAGAAUAGUUUUAUUAAAAAGCAACAUUUCGACAUAUCUUAGGUAGUCGGUUAAGUUCUGAAAUCCCAUAUCUCGGCACUAAUAAUUUCCGCGUUCUUCUUUCCAAAUCCCAUUGUCGCAUCAUUCUUCGAUAACGAAGUCCCAUAAAAUUCUCAUAUCCCGCCACUGAAAAAACAUAUUUUUUUAAAACAUUUAUUUAAAAAAGUUAUUAUUACGGUCAUCAGCGAAAAACGAAACAGAAAGCAGCAAAAUUGCAUACAAUAAAAUCCUUUUCGGUUCUGUCAUAACCAAGCAAUGAAAAAAAUGAAAUGAUGGUUUUGUGAAAGGCGACGUUGAGGUCACGCAAAAAUUAAUUUUCAAACCGUUUGUAAUUCAAAAAAGUCCAUAAGACAUUUAUUCCAAUAAUCCUAGGAUGCUCAAAAAUUCUAAUUUUGGAAAACAAAAAUAUGAAAAUCCAAUUUUUAAAUUUUCAAAAGAGAUUUUUUGAAUUCACAUUUCGCGACUUUGUUCAGAAGAGAUAUUCUAAAUACCAAAUACCAAAAUCUUUAUUUCUUGAUAAAUUUUCAAUUUCCCUCAUUUUCCAGGUCGUUGACGAGGUUCUUCUUGAUACAUAUGUUCGUCAAAAUUAUAAACUUAAAAAAGGAGUUCUUCCCGAAUGGACACAUCGAGGUUUAUCCACAUAUGAAAUCGGAGAACAUUGUCUGCGCGCUGAUCCCAAAGUUACUCUUACAAAUGGCUUUUUCGUUGCAGUUUUUGAGCGAAUCAAAAAUGAUGGAGAGAGUGAAGAGUAA